CACAAACAUGUCAACUUAACAAAAUGCAAAAUAUUAGUUUUAACAAAUUUAAGUGAACAGUUUGCAUCAGUCUGUGAAAAAAUGGUUGAAGAAAAUUAAUGAUUUAAUGAUUAAAAUGUGUGAUGGGGCAAGUGGCAUUAUCAAAUAGACUGGGGAAAAUGGUAGGACCGAUAUUAAGUAAAAAAGUUCCGAGGGCCUCCUCACUUAGUUACGGAUCGUCAAAGAAGGGAGUUAGUUAGAAUUUGCAUCUGAAUGGAAUGAAAUUGGAAAAUCUGCAUACAGAUUCAUAAAAGCGGCUUUGAAUUUUAUACAAUACAUAACUUUAUUUCAAAAAGUACACCUCGAAUCGAAUGUAAAUGUUUCGGGCGAACGGAAAGCUUUUGUUAACCGAGCGAUAGAAAAAAGGAGCUUAUCUUGGCGUAAAGAACGAGUGAGUCACAGGAACAUUGGAAUUCUUUUAUUUUUAGUGAUGAGUCAAAAUUUGAUGUGUGAUAAUUGAAAUAAGAACAAAAAAUGAGGCUUUCCAUAAAGACUGCUUAAAGCGUACUGCAAGUUUUGCUUUCGGGAAUUAUUCAUUUCAUAAACAGAACAGUUAACGCAGAGAAGUAUCGAGAAAUACUGGAAACAAAUUAAAUUCCUAUCAUUCAAAAAUUGUGUCCACCAGAGAGAUUUAUUUGUUUGAAAAUCAUGCUAUUCACAUUGUGGAUUGGAUUUCCAGCAGUCAUGACGUGAAUGUGGUAGAAAAAUUGAGAGGAUUAAGGUCUAAAAUUAAGGAAGUGUGCCAAAGGAAUGCCAGAGUCUCGCGAAUUGUAUGCCUAAAAUACUUUUGGCCGCAAUUCAAGAAAAAGGCAUUACCAAAGUAAGCGCUAUACAGUGCUACAAGUGCAUCCUAGCACCCUACAUCCACUUCUCGAACGAGACCCUUUACAAAUGCAAGGACAUCGAUUUUUCGGAUAAAUUUAUGGUCGACUGUCCCUUCUCAACAUUCUGCAUGAAAAAAGUGACCAGUGCCAAAAUACCAGCACUGAUCAAUGGCGUUGAACGCAACUGUGCAUAUCAAAAACUAGAAACCCAAAGGGUCGAGAAUGGCAAGUGGCACCCCGAAGUGAGGAUCGAGGAACCGUACGAAGAAGGGUGCUUCAAAAUCAACGACAAGGGGCUCCGGACAUCCACCAUUGAAUACUGUUACUGUAAAGGGAACUUGUGCAAUGGUGCCGGACUGUCCGGUGGCUACAGUUUGACUUUUAUUGCCGCGUGUUCCAUCUUGUCUGUGAUAUUGACCAGAAUGAGUUUUUAUUAGCAAAAGUAUGCACCCAGACUCUUUAUAUCUGUGAUACUACCCCUAACAGAUGUGGACCUAACAUUUAAAAAAUACAUGACAUAUUUCCCUCUUAUCUAUUUACUGUUAAAAUGCCCAA